AGUGGUAAACACAGUAAGUCCAGUGAUAAGCAGCAGAGGAGGAAGUGGAGUAUUAUUUCAUCAGGACAUGUGAGGGAGGACGAUCGUUUCUGUUUGCUGAGGAGAAACCUGUCGAUGAAAUCUGAUGAAGAUGCUGGAGUGAAGCCACAAACCUGAUGACCUCACAGCCACCCGAUGGGCCAGAAGAGAACAAAUAUAAAGUUGAUGGUUAAUUUUGACUCAACAUCUGUCAGACUUUGUCUCCAUCCCCUCAGUCCCUCAUCUCAGUCUGAGCUGAGGGAUGUAGUUUGCCACCCAAAUUGGCUUAUUUCUGGGCUGCCUGUUCUGUUCAGCCUUGGCAUUAAGCCACAGUAGCCUUUCCUCUAAGAAGUAGCAGACAUCCCCUCCAGAGCUGGAGGCACUCCAUUCAAAGGAGGUUGCAGGUUGUGAAGACUGCAGGCAUCUCGGAUCUAUUACCUGUUCCUGGCUUCAUCAUACUUUGAAGACCUGUAUUUGACCAGCUAGUUUGGCUUGGUGGAAAUGUGGAUUCUUCUAACUAGGUUUUUGCCCCAAUUUUUGAAAACCAUCUACUUGUGAGAAUUCUUGUUGACGGCCCAGCCAUGGAGGGUCUUGAGCAGCUCGACAUGGUGGGUGACAUCAGUCCGGCUCUUGAGGCCACCGAAGACUUUAUCCACUGCAUGGACGGGAUGCAAGGCCAAGGUCCGAGCCAAGCUCAGACAGGGACCCUCCAGCCCAGCAGGCAACCCAAGCAGCUGCAGGAGGUUUCCAGUGCUGCACUAGGGAAACUGAGCUCUAGUGGCGUGUGGAGCCUACUGGCUGGAGAGCAGCCAGAGGUGGGGCCCCUGGGCCUGGCCUGGGCUGACAACUUCAGUGUGUUGGGGCUCGGUAUGGGCCUGAGGCAUGGCAAGAGAAGCCGAGCGCGCUCCACCAACGACCUGGCAGCCCAUACCAAGGAGUGCACCAACAACGCCGCCAACUCCUCAUCUAACUCCGUCUUCAAGAAGGGACACAACCGGUCCAGGUCAGACGUCAACUAUCGGCCAUCUGCAUACACAGACAAUGGUCUGCCAACUGUGGAUUGCAACACGCUGAAGAACAUGAUCCUCAACCACCAGCAGGAGGCUGAUAAAAGCAGCAGCAGCAGCAACGUGGUGAAGCAGGGUCAGAUGGAGCAGCGUGAGGGGCCCCGGGGUCGCUGGACACCCUGCCAUGUCGAGCUGACUCCCUGUGAGCUCCGGCUGUACACUCUGGACAGCAGUGCCAACCGCCAGCUGGGCACUGCCUACUCUCUGUCACACUGCCAGAGCGUCAUCUCACCAGCACCGUGCAGCCAGCCAGGUCAGAUCACUCAACCCGUCGAUCAACGCACGCUCCAGGCUUUGUUCUUCAACAGCACGCGUCUCCAGCUGAGGGCGGCAAGCCAAUGGGAAGCCAUGGAGUGGAGACGGCUGAUGUGGGAGAAGGUGCAGGCAGCCAGACCUGUGAGGCAGGAGAACCGCCAGCGUAAGACCGGAGUGGAAAGCCAACAGGUCGCCAAGUUUCCUGCACCCAUGUCACCCUCCUCUUCGUCCUCUCCAUCGGGGCUUGACACCCGGCCUGAUGGUGAGAGCGACAUCCCCACCUCAUCAGAGCCGACACCGCUGGACUCUGGUGUCCUGAGCAGACCCACAACCCUGCCACUGUUCACCCAGCACUCCCAGGACGUCCUUAAAGCAGGUCUGCUCCAUCAGCUGGUGGAUCAAAACAACUGGCUGGCCUUCACCUUCGUCCUGACCAGAUCUGCUCUCCGGGCCUUCCCCACUGAGGGCCGAGGGCCUGUCUCCCAGCCUGUCCUCCAGUACUCCCUGGCCUCCUGCCUUGCCGUGCAGCAUGACCAGGAGCCAGAGAAUGGAGAGACAUGGACAGAUAGAGGGGACUGCUUCCAGGCAGUUUUCCCCAAAGAGGUGCUCAGACUUCGGGCAGACGAUCAGCUCAAGGCGCAGGAAUGGGUGGAGGCUCUGCGGGAGGUCGUCGGAGCACAAAGACCUGCCCAAGAAGAAGGGGGAGAAUCGGGAGAAGGCGCUCCAGGCCUCCUCCAGGGAGUGCUGUUGCGAUCAAAACCAUCCAGGGAGAGGAGACAGCGGGAGGCCCAGAGAGCCAAGCGGCAGUCAGUCACCACCAGUUUCCUCAGUAUUCUCACCUGUCUGGCUGUGGAGAAGGGCCUCACUGCUCAGAGCUUCAAGUGUGCAGGGUGUCAGCGUCCAGUUGGUCUCUCCAGAGGAAAGGCAAAGGUUUGCUACUACAGUGGCUGGUACUACUGCCAGAGCUGCCAUCAGGACAACUCCUUCCUAAUACCAGCACGACUGCUGCACAACUGGGACACCAGCAAGCACAAGGUGUCUAAACAGGCCAAGGAGUUCCUGGAGUUUGUGUAUGAGGAGCCCCUGCUGGAUGUCCAACAGCUCAAUCCUUGUCUGUAUGAGCAUUGCGAGCCUCUCAGCACCGUGCUGCGUCUCCGUCAGCAGCUCCAGUCACUGAGGGCUUACCUGUUCAGCUGCAGAGCAACUGUUGCAGAGGACCUCAGACGAAGGAUCUUCCCCAGAGAGUACCUGCUACAGCACAUUCACCUAUACUCCAUGGCUGACCUGCAGCAGGUGAUUGAUGGGAAACUGGCCCCCUUCCUCUCCAAGGUGAUCAAGUUCGCCAGCUCCCAUGUCUUCAGCUGCAGUUUGUGUCGAGAGAAAGGUUUCAUCUGUGAGCUCUGCCAAAACGGACAGGUCAUCUACCCCUUCCAGGAGAACGCAACCAAGAGGUGUGACGGCUGCGGCGCCGUGUUCCACACCGAGUGUCGACAAAAGGCCCAGCCAUGUCCUCGCUGCGUCCGCCGAGAACUCCACCACAAGAGGCCGUCCUCCUUCUGGUCACCCGACGACGACAGCCCCGGGUGCUUUCACCUGCCCUACCAAGACACCUGAGACACACACACACACACACACACACAGAAAAGCAGUAAGAGCCAGGGUGCUGUCAGGCCAUGACGCUGGACAAAGUGCCUGUGUGUCUGAUUUGUGUGUGACACUACAACAGAGUCUCUGACAGAGGACUAGCUCAGAGCGUGUGAUGCAUCGCCAGGUUUGUGUUUGUGUGUGUGUGUGUAUCUGCUAACACACACACACACCUGAACAAAGCCCCCCCCCCCCCCCCCCCCUUCUUUUCCUCCUGUAAAGAGCAGGGAGAAAACCAACUGAAGAACUGCUGCACCAGGCUUUACAGACUGAACUACUUGUAUUUUGUUGUCACGUCGCAUCGUCGUCACCACCGUCACCACCUGCACUUGUUUCUUAUUCCAGGGGUCAAAUGUGUAAAAUCACAGCGGAUCAACUCGAGGAAUUCAAUUAAUACUUGAAAUGUUUGGUGGUUUAUUCUAACCAACGACAUCCACCUGUUAUGCUCGAGUUUAGUCAUUAGUCAAUGGAGAGAAAAUGUAUUAACAAGUUUAGAAAUUGAUUAAUCAUUCAUUGAAUAAAAGGGAAACAUUUUUUGGUUCCAGCUUCUCAAAUGUGAGAAGAUGCGCUGCUUUGUCUUGAGGCGUUGGACUCUAUCAAACAUUAUAAGCAGACACGGUCUAGUCAAGUCGUGAACCUGUGCUUUAACUAGUUGUCAUGGCGGGAAACGAAGUAUCACAACAUCCAUAAAAACUUCUGGGACCUCUCCUGCAGCACAGUCCACUAGACAUACUCAUGUAUUUCAAUUAAAUGACUACUGUUUGAGUAUCAGACCUCCUUUCGUCACAAAGAUCGUUGAGGCAAACCGCAGAAACUUUGAGAACUGAAACAAUGUCGCUGAUUAAUUGAGUUUUAGAAAAUUCUUCAACAACUAUUUUGAUAAUUGGGUCAUCGUUCAAAGCCAUUCUUCAAGCUUAAACUUAAACUUUUGCUCCUUUUAAUGUGAGAAUUUUCAGAUUUUUAAAAUACAAUAUGAAUAAUAUCUGUGAAAUUAUGAAAGGCAUUUAUUUAACUACUAUGGAUUCAUAUAUUUAUGGAGGGAAUGAAUAUAUCUGUUAGAUGAUGCCAGUGUAACAUAAUCAUCUAGUGCUCAUCGUUACAGAAUUGUGACAUUAGCCUUCUUUAAACGACAUUACAGAUUCAGACUAUAAACUAUAAACUGCAGCAUCACUCCAGUAGCCUGAUCACAGCGUAUAUCCACAGGUGUAAGUAGUCUGGGACAAAGUGAGUGUGGAUCAACAUCGGGGCCAGUGGAUUCUGCUGUGGGUUUCACAGAUUGUCCACUGGAUGUCAUUAGAUCGGAUUGUACCGAAUAAUAAUAAUAAUAAUAAUAAUUAAUGAUAGCAGUGAUGUGUAAAUGAUACUGAAAUACAGAAUCCCUCCAUCCUUUCCUGUCUGUCCUUUAUGUCAUUCACCUUUAGUUAACUGACACAUUUCACACAUUUGAUCGGUGAUGGUUUGAUUUAAAAGGGCCUCUGUGUCCGUCCGUCAGAGCACACCUCCUCCCCUCAUCACUCUCAGUGUAGAAUAACGGGGGCAAUAAUCUACUGUAACUUAUUAUUUCAUUGUUGCCUUUCCCCUCCUAUCCCCCCUCUGCGUUUCUACUUCCUGUUGUGCUUUAUUCAUGCAGAAUCUGUGGCAACAUGAUAGCAGCUUUAGCGUUUAGUAUCUCUAUGCAUACCUAGAUGGCCUUUAUUAGCCCACUGCUUUCAUGUGUAAAGGUCUGGAAACACUUCAAUUUACAUCGUCUUAACACCGCUGCAGCAGCUGCGUUUCCAUCCUGUUUCAAGGCCUUUUUUUUUGUUUUGUUUUUUACAGAAAUAUGGGAAAAUAAAAGUCCGUCAGCUGAUUAAUCAGCAACAAUUACAGACUUGUGUUUCAGCAUCCGUAAAUGAUUUUGGAUUUGGUUUUGUGAAAGGUUUUUGGUAAAUAUCCGUAACAACCCAUGACGCAAAUCCUACACAGUGCAUUUUUAUAGUUAGAUACAGUAGGUUUUUGUGCUUUCUACAAACAACAGUAUACAUAUAUCAAUAAAUAACAAGUUUCAAGAAAAUUGGGAUUUUUGGGCAUCACAGUAAAGUCAUGUAUUGCAGCUUUAAAGCUCAGUAUACCAGAACUUGUAAUAAUUAGGAUAGAAAAGUAGCUGCUGUUCCUUCACGCUACUCGUUUUCUCAUCAGAGAAAGUCUCGGUGUAGCUGGACUGAUUUCAGUGUUAAUUCUUUGCUCAUCUGUCUGCUCUUUACCCUCCUCUUUGUUUUUCCAGCUUGUUUGAGCCAUAUGAACAUGUUAACUCUGAAGGGAAUCCAUGUGCGAUUGAGAUGCUGUAAUCAGCACCUGGCUGACGAACAGCUGUUUACGGGUUUACUCUUGAAUAUGUAUUUUUGUGAAGAUCACAGAUCAGACCGGCAGUUGUUCAUGUUUAUGAAGCAUGUUGGAUACUGUAGACUAAAACUAGAUAACCAAGUGUAGAUUGAAAUAUGAAGGGAAAAUGCACUGUCAGCUGAUUACAGUUGUUUUUUUUGUUUGUUUUUCUUAUGUUACAUGUGCCGUGUGAUUAAAUGUUUAAGUUAUUGUUGACUGAUUGUGCCUGCUGCAUAAAAAAAGUAAUGGCAAGGUUGUGAAGUAUUUUUGAUAUAAAUCCGGCUGCAACAGACUGGUGCUGCCAAAUAGGACUGAACAGCAAAUUGAAAUAUUUCAGAAAUCACAAUAUGACUUAGUGCGUAUUCCAAAUGAUGAGAGCUGCAUUUAUUUAUUUUUUCUCCUGAAAGUAAAUGUUGUCACAACACAUAACAUGAUGGAACAUGCUUGAUUGGUCGAUACCCCAGAGUGAGAAAAAAAAAAAAAAAAAUCAUAUCGUCAUCAUUUUUAUAUUUCUUUUCAGUGAAAAUGAAAUGUAAAAUCUACCAUUACCACUGAGGUCGCAACUCAAACCACUAUAGCAAUAUCACUCAAAACGUUCAAUAUGAUGUAUGUUCAGACCCGCGACACACACAGGAUCGACGUAGUCAGAGAGAAAAAAGAAUAACAAACCUCAGUCCCGCCCGAGCUCCGAGCUUUAUGGAACAAAACGGCUCCGACAUGACGGGUCCUGUCAAAGUACUGGGUUUCAGGUAGUUCUCCGAUCAAAGAUUUCUAUAUUUAUUGUGUGAAAUAAUACCUUGUAAAAUGUGUUUAAGGGAUGUUAAUGUUGUUUAUCAAACAAAAUCUGAAUCUGUUUAUCUGUAUGUUUUCAGUUUUACCUCCAAAUGAACUGCUUUACAUAAUCUAGAUCAACAUGUCCCAAUGUUAAAGCCUGUGUUUCUUAGACCCUUUUUUUUUUUAAAAGCAGUAUUAUGUAAGUUUUCUAGAUAUAACAUGCGAUUUAUCUAAUGCACUUAAUAAAUACUUACCGAUGUUUUAAGCACAUUUAUUAGUAAUCAAUUGGUUCCGUGUGUACCAAACUAAACGUGUUCUGUGAAAUCUUUUUGGACAAAAAAUUCCUAAAGGUACACGCUACUUCUUAUUCUUAUAACUGAUGCACAGAGAAGAAAAAAAAAAAAAAAAGCGAGACGACAACAUACUGACUCCUGACACCCGCUGGGCUCUGUACUCUGCCCCAACGUAGCCUCUGUAGCCGACGUGUAGACCUGAGCAUCAAAUCACUUUAAAGCUCGCGUUGUUCUCUUUAUCGGUUCAUGCAGCGUGUUCGUCUGUUCCUUCAUACAACGUGCAGCUUUGUGUUAAGUCGAUCAUUUUUUCUUUGUUCCUAACUUUCCUAUAAUUUUGCCUUUUUUCAUUUCCAUGUAGAUUUGGAAGCAAAAAUAUGAACACAUUGAAGAAUGUGUCAUGUGUGAUGUCUGUGCUCAGCUCUGUCAUGUUUCAACUGUGAUGAAAACACCAGGUUUUGACAAAUCUUUAACUAUUAACAUGACGUCUUCUGACUGAACAUGGCGUCAGUGUUGUCAGGAUGUUUACAGGUCGUCUUAUCAGAGCAGGCGUGUGUUUGGAGAAUGCGCUUUGUGUUGCAGGCACAUUAUGAUCAUAGCAGUAUAUUUUUACUUGACAUGUUUGGAGAAGAAUAUAUUGUACAGUAUUUAAACAGCAACUGGACUGAAGCUCUCCUCUCUUUUUUGCACUUUUUAAAUUAUUGUUUUCUGUUUGUCAUUGUUUAUUUCAUCGCAGCCAAACGUUUAUGCAAGUACAGGAAGUUGACUUUUUGAUUUAAUCAGCCCUUCCUCCUGUCUGGUUUUGUUCAAAUUUGUCCGCUAGCCACUGAUGCCAAUAAAGACUUAAUUCUUAAUAGUGAAA